AUGGAGGUGGCUGGGCCUGCACCCCCGUGCCAGUACUCAGGGGGCUCACAUGUGGGGCAGGAGUCCCCAGAGGAAACGGGCAUUAAUAAGGACACGUUGAAAGGCGUCGAUGGCAGCAAUGUGCUCGUCCUGCCGGGGAAGAAGAAAAAGAAGACCAAGGCCCCUCCGCUGUCCAAGAAGAAGAGGAAGCCCCUGACCAAGAAAGAGCGGAAAUUGCUGCAGAAAAUCUUAGAACAGAAGGAGAAAAAAAGCCAGCGAGCAGAGAUGCUACAGAAAUUGAGUGAGGUCCAAGUUUCAGAAGCAGAGAUGAGACUCUACUACACCACGUCCAAGCUGGGCAUCGGGGACCGCCUGUACCGUAGCAAAGAGAAGUCUGACGAGGUCUCUGCCCAGGGUCAAGAGAAGAUCAGCAGCCUCAGCGGGGCCCGGAAGCGCCGUCUCCAGGAGGCAGAAGAGGAGUCUGACUCCGCCGUGGAGUCUGAAGCCGAAGAGGCCCCGGCUGCUGAGUGGGUAGAGGCUGGUGCACGGACAGUGGCAGCGUGUUUGCAGCCAGCUCUGCCAGGGGCCGAGGGUGGGAGCCCAGGUCCGGCCUCUCCUGCCAGAACUCCUACUGCUCCAUCAGCUCCUCCGGCUGCAGUCCCCAUCCCGGCCAGGCCCCCAGCGAAGCCUGCCGUCUUCAUCCCUGUGAACCGCUCCCCUGAAGUGCAGGAAGAACGGCUAAAGCUCCCAAUUCUCUCUGAAGAACAAGUGAUCAUGGAGGCAGUGAGCGAGAACCCCAUUGUCAUCGUGUGUGGCGAGACCGGCAGCGGGAAGACCACGCAGGUGCCCCAGUUUCUCUACGAAGCAGGCUACAGCAGUGACAACAGCAUCAUUGGCGUCACAGAGCCCCGCCGAGUGGCCGCCGUGGCCAUGUCCCAGCGAGUGGCCAAGGAGAUGAAUAUGUCCCAGCGGGUCGUCUCCUACCAGAUCCGAUACGAAGGGAACGUGACCGAACAGACCAGAAUCAAAUUUAUGACGGACGGCGUGUUGCUCAAGGAGAUCCAGAAGGACUUCCUGCUGCUGAAGUACAAGGUGGUGAUCAUCGACGAAGCCCACGAGCGGAGUGUGUACACAGACAUACUCAUCGGCCUCCUGUCCCGCAUCGUGUCUCUCCGGGCGAAGAGGCUCCUGCCGCUGAAGCUGAUCAUAAUGUCGGCCACGCUGCGGGUCGAGGACUUCACCCAGAACCAGCGGCUCUUCACCCAGCCGCCCCCGGUCGUCAAGGUGGAGUCCAGGCAGUUCCCGGUGACGGUGCAUUUCAACAAGCGGACGCCGCUGGAGGACUACAGUGGCGAGUGCUUCCGGAAGGUCUGUAAGAUCCACCGGAUGCUGCCUGCAGGCGGCAUCCUGGUGUUUUUGACGGGGCAGGCCGAGGUGCAUGCGCUGUGCCGCAGGCUGAGGAGGGCCUUCCCACACGCCCGAGCCAGGCCGCCAGAAGAGGAAGAUCAGAAAGAUUCGGUGGAAGAAACGCGGAAGUUUAAGAAGUCGCGGGCACGGGCAAGGAAGGCCCAGGCGGCGAUAUUGCCCCACAUCAGCUUGGACAAUUACUCGGUGUUGCCAGCAGGCGAAGGGGACGAGGACAGGGAAGCGGAAAUGGACGACGAGGAGGCGGCCCUGGGCUCAGACCUGGACCUGGACCUGGGGGACGACGGCGCAGACGGAGGUGAGCAGCCGGAUGCCUCGCUCCCCAUGCACGUGCUGCCGCUCUAUUCUCUGCUGGCCCCAGAGAAGCAAGCAAAGGUCUUCCAGCCUCCCCCAGAGGGUGCUCGGCUGUGUGUCGUGGCCACCAAUGUGGCCGAGACGUCCCUCACCAUCCCGGGCAUCAAAUACGUGGUGGACUGUGGCAAGGUCAAGAAGCGGCACUACGACCGGGUCACUGGUGUGUCCUCCUUCCGUGUCACCUGGGUCUCCCAGGCCUCCGCCGAUCAGCGGGCGGGCCGCGCGGGCCGGACAGAGCCUGGCCACUGCUACAGGUUGUAUUCAUCUGCAGUUUUCAGUGACUUUGAUCAGUUUCCUCCUCCUGAGAUCACCCGGAGGCCCGUGGAAGACUUGAUCCUGCAGAUGAAAGCUCUCAACAUUGAAAAGGUCAUCAACUUCCCCUUUCCGACCCCUCCCUCUGUGGAGGCCCUCAUUGCUGCUGAGGAGCUGUUGAUCUCGCUAGGUGCCCUGCAGGCGCCCCAGAAAGCAGAAAGGAUGAAGCAGCUGCAGAAGUCCCGGCUGAGCUGUCCCAUCACCGCGCUGGGCAAGACCAUGGCCACGUUCCCCGUGGCGCCCCGCUACGCCAAGAUGCUGGCGCUGAGCAGACAGCACGGCUGCCUGCCCUAUGCCAUCACCAUUGUGGCUGCCAUGACAGUGCGGGAGCUGUUCGUGGAACUGGACAGACCGGCCUCCAGUGACGAGGAGCUGGCCACGCUGAAAGGCAGGCGCGCCCGGGUGGCCCAGAUGAAGAGGACCUGGGCAGGACGAGGCGCUUCCCUGAAACUCGGAGACCUCAUGGUGCUGCUGGGCGCUGUGGGAGCCUGCGAGUACGCGGGCUGCUCGCCCCAGUUCUGUGAGGCCAACGGGCUGCGGUACAAGGCCAUGGUGGAGAUUCGACGCCUGCGGGGCCAGCUGACCACCGCAGUCAAUUCAGUGUGCCCCGAGGCUGGGCUCUUUGUGGACCCCAAGAUGCAACCUCCUUCCGAGAGCCAGGUGACUUACCUGCGGCAGAUCGUGACAGCCGGCCUGGGUGACCACCUGGCCCGCAGGGUCCAGAGCGAGGAUCUGCUGGACGACAAGUGGAGGAAUGCCUACAAGACCCCUCUCCUUGAUGACCCCGUCUUCAUCCACCCCAGUUCCGUCCUUUUCAAAGAGCUCCCCGACUUUGUGGUCUACCAGGAAAUUGUGGAGACGACCAAGAUGUACAUGAAAGGUGUCUCGACUGUGGAGGUCCAGUGGAUCCCAGUCCUGCUGCCUUCUUACUGCCAGUUCGACAAGCCCCUGGAGGAGCCGCCCCCUGCCUACUGCCCCGAGAAGGGGCGGGUGUUGUGUCACCGGGCCAGCACGUUCUAUCGCGUCGGCUGGCCACUCCCCGCAGUUCUGGUAGAUUUCCCGGAGGGCCUGGACUGCUACAAGCACUUUGCCCGCUUUCUGCUGGAAGGGCAGGUCUUCCCCAAGCUGGCCUUGUACCAGGGCUGUUUGCUGUCCAGCCCCAGCACGAUGCUGAAGACUUGGGCCAGGCUGCAGCCCAGGACCGAGAGUCUCCUGAGAGCCCUUGUGGCUGAGAAGGCUGACUGCCGAGAUGCCUUGCUGGCUGCUUGGAGGAAAAGCCCCAAAUACCUGCUGGCUGAGUACUGCGAGUGGCUCCCCAAGGCCAUGCACACCGAUGUGGAGAAAGCCUGGCCCCCCACCUCGGACCUCUGACAGAUGCCUGGCUGCGGGCCGGGAACUGUUCUGGCCACAGAGGAGCCUGGCAGCGGCCGGUUUCUGACAAGCCCCCCCACUCCUGGACCUCCCCCAGGAAGCACGUCAAGCCCCCGGAAACCCUCAUUCAUCUUGGCCUGGUUCUGGACACAGCUUGCUGCCUGCCGCCCUGGGCAGUCUGCCCCAGUGGUGGCUUUUUAUAACUAUGUAUUAAAUGGUGGAUAAUAGUUUAUCCCAUGUGCAGGUCCCCUUUAAAUGUGCUGGUGGACUACAUUAGUCUUAUGGAGCUGGAGGGUGAAGUGGCUGAGAGCAGGGGGGGCGACGCCAGGACCUGCUGAGCCCCCUCCUUGCAGAUGCAGUACACCCUCCCUACAGCGAGGGGGGCCCAGGCUCCUGUGGAGUGGGGCACACUGCGCGGGUGUCUCCUGCCCAUGGGCAGCUCCCUGCCACCUACUUGUCUGUAAUAAACCUUGGCGUGUGA